GGCGUACAGUGAUUUCCAGCCUCUAGAACACGGGUGUCACACUGCCGGCCCUCCAGCUGUUGCCAAACUACAAGUCCCAUGAGGCAUUGCAAGAUUGACGGUUACAAGCACGACUCCCAAAGGCAGAGGCAUGAUGGGACUUGUAGUUUCGCAACAGCUGGAGGGCCUCCAGUUUGACACCCGUGAUAUAGAGGAUCCCACAGGUUUCUCCCUGUGGAAGACAUGUUUUAUUUUACAAUGCAUUCCGAUACCUGUCUAUAUACUGUAUACCAGGGGCAGCUGGAACUCCAGCGGUUGUGAAACUACAAAUCCCAUCGUGCCUCUCCCGCUGGGAGUC